AUGUGAACAUUAAUUUGCCUAAAAUAAAAACCAAAAACCAAACAAAAACAGGAAAACUAUCCCAAAAACCCCUAUAUAGAUAGCGUGUAUUAAACUGAGUUCGUUGUAAAAUUGUGACUUGCUGUCUACUCCUCUGUUCUCUCUCUCUUUACUAAAAAGAAAAAAAUCCCUAAGAAUUGCUACUACGAAAUUUCUUAGAGAUUCUCCAUGGAUUGGGUUCGUGGUGAAGUUGUUGGUCAUGGAAGUUUUGGAAAAGUCAAUCUUGCAAUACCCAUAAAACAGAAUACUCAAUUUCUUCCAUCCAUGGUAGUAAAAUCAUGUGGUGUUUCUCACUCUGCUACUCUCAUUGACGAGAAGAAAAUCUUGGAUGAACUCAAUGGUUGUCCAGAAAUUGUACAAUGCUAUGGUGACAGCUAUUCAUUCGAAAACGGCGAAAAAUUGUACAAUGUGUUACUAGAAUAUGCUUCUGGAGGUUCCUUAGCGGAAAAAAUCAAGAAUUCAAAAAAUCAUAAGUUGUUGGAAUUUGAAGUUAGUGGAUACACAAAGGGUAUACUCAAAGGUCUACAAUAUGUACAUGAAAUUGGGUACGUUCAUUGUGAUAUUAAGCUUCAAAAUAUUCUUUUAAGUGAAGAUGGUAAAGUGAAAAUUGCUGAUUUUGGCUUGGCAAAGAGAGUUGGAACCAAGAAAGACGAUAAUUUGCGAUGUGAAUUGAGGGGUACACCAUUGUACAUGUCACCGGAGAUGGUCACACGUGGCGAUCAGGGUACUCUGGCAGAUAUAUGGGCACUUGGAUGUGUUGUGGCUGAGAUGGUUACUGGAGUUCCAGUGUACAAAUUCUCGGAUGUUACUGAACUGUUAAUGGCAAUUGGUGUUAAAAAUCAGUUGCCUGAAAUACCUGAGACAUUAUCAGAAGAGGGAAAAGAUUUUUUAAGGAAGUGUUUUGUGAAAGAUCCAAGAAAUAGAUGGACGGCUGAGAUGCUUUUAAAACAUCCCUUUGUGGCUGAUCAUGAUGACACUGUUACAUUCACUGAAAUUCCAUCAACAUCUCCUAAAUGCCCAUUUGAUUUCCCAGAUUGGGUAUCCGAUGAAUGUGGUCAAUUAUCAGUAACAUGUUCAAUUACUUGUUUACCCUUGCCGGAAAAUCAAGAAAAGCUGAAUUGGAGCAGUGGGUCAGGGGGCAAUUUGCCGACGGAUAGGCUACGGGAGCUAGUGAGUGAAUUUAGACCUGAAUUUGAAUGGUCUUGUGAUGGCUGGGUUACUGUUAGGUGAUUUUAAGUUGAUGCCAAAUUAAUUACAAUAGGUGGAACAGAGAAAAGCCAGAGCCAGAAGCAGAUUUUCCAGAUUUUUGACGGUGUCUUUUAGGGGUCUGGUUUCUUAUUUUUAUUGUUUACCCUUCAGUGAUUAGAUUAGUCUAGUCCAAUUCUUUUUAUUUGUUCUGAAUUUUUAUCAAGACUACUGAUUUGCAUUCAACAAAGUGUACAGUGUCCGAUUAUAGUCGAAUUUAAUAGUGAUUGUUUUCGUGGAA